GGGAGGUCGCCGUGGAGACGGAGGUCGCCGGAGGCGGAGGGAGCGCCAGCUGGGUCCGCGGGGCUGCGAGCGUGAUGAUGUCGGACAGCGCUAAAGACAGAGCCCUUCACUCACUGAGGAAAAAGGGAGGUCUGUCCCCUCUAAGUGGCCUCGAGUUCCACAGAAGGGAAGUUCAGGCCCGCAGCAAAGACUCCGUAAGUAGCGUGUCUUAUGUGGAUGAACCAAGCCAGCGUGAUGAGAUUUCUCGCCUCACGGUUCGAAUGGAAAAUACCUAUCAGCUGGGUCCUAUGAAACAUUUUCCUAUGGUCAUCAUCAAUUGUAUUUUGAAAGAUGUGUUAACAAACUAUCUACAAGAAGAAAAAUACAAACCAGAGCUCUGCAGGCAGAUGACUAAAACGCUUUCUGAGGUUAUUAAAACCCAGGUCAAAGAAUUAAUGAUUCCACGGUAUAAACUAAUUGUGGUCACUCACAUUGGACAACUGAAGGAUCAGAGCUUGUUUAUUGGAAGCAGAUGCCUCUGGGAUCCUAAAAGCGAUACUGUCUCAUCCUACAUUUUCAGAAAUUCUUCCCUGUUUGCUCUUGCCAGUGUCUAUGCAGUUUACUCUGAGUGACUGAAAGUAACAUAUGUAGUUCUUACUUUUUUAAAUCAUAAAACAUAUUUAUGUUCCCCAAAAUUUUACUGCCAAAACAUUGAAAAAGAAACAAGACUGUAAACAAAUACAUUUGAAGCUUUCAGAAUUUUUAAUACUCUGAGAAUUGGGCUUGGGGAGUGUGAUCCAAUCUCCUCAGUCCUACAGAACGUAAUAAGGCAUGGUACCGCUAGACUGCUUUUCACAUGCAUAGGUUUUUAUUAAAUAUUACUUUUAGUAUUGAUUGUUUGAAUUACUCUUUAAUUAGAGAGUUAGAAUUUCCUGAAUUACUUUUUGAUAAAGAGAAGUUUUAGAAAUAUAUGGCUAUAUAUCCUGACCCAAUAAAUGAGAGUAGCAUAUCCAACAUGGAAUAUACAAAUGAUCAAUGGUCAUAGGGCUCAGUGCUGCAUAUAAAAGAAUUCGCGUUUUCAUUUGGCACUUAAUAAAUUGAGCAGCAUUCAUUAACUGCAAUUACUGUUACAUGUACCUGACAGUUGGAACUGCUGAGGUAGAAUUAAUGACUUCAUAACAAUUGAUCCCAGUCCCCAGGGACCACAAGCUAAAACUAGAAGCUCCUGUGGGUUGACUGCACUUUACAAAAUUGCGGGAGAGCUACACAUUGGCUCUUCAAUAAUGGAAACUAUAAAGUGAAUAGUGGCUUUUUAGAACAACGAAGUGGACAGUGUUCUAUUAAAUAUACAUGAUGCUUAAUAGUAAAUGUAUCUGUAACACAUAAAAUCCUGCAUUAGAAGGAGGCACUGCUUUAAAAUAUACACUGCCUAAUGUGCCUGUGAAUAGAUUUUCCUACGUUAAUGAACUUUUACACAAAAUAUAUAGCUGGCAGCUCAGCAAAUAAAACAUGUGUAUUUACCAUCUUGUUCCUAUAUAUUUAAUACUAAAGUGACCCGGUAUGGUUUUGAAGGGAUGGGCAUUAAAAUUUACAGGGCUGGAAUAGCUUAUUAUUUUGCUGGUUAAUGCAUCAAGUACCAUGGAUCGUUUACUUUUAUGGUGCUUUCAGCCUUGCUGUGUGUAAAAUGAUGCUGUGGCAUUGCUCUUCAUUGGGAAGCUGACAGCCAGGAGACGUGUUAAAGGUCAAAGACAAAUUGUCCACAUAUGGAGAAAAUUAGCAAUGUUAUAGUCUCAAGGAAAAAAUGAUGCGCAGUUCAUGUCAAAAAGAAUUUAACAAAUGGAGAAACCAGUCAAUGCUUUAUAAUUUUUAAAUGUUUUUGUGUCUUACAUUACCCUACAAGUAAAGAAUGUAUACUUUGUCCCUGUCCUUCUUGUUUUUUGGCUUAUAAAGUAUCUUUUCAAAGUGAUUUUGUCAGCUUCAUUAUUUUUUAUGGUAGUC